CUGGAUGAAAUAAAAAACAGGAGGAAUUAUAUAUAUUAACGCUACCAAUUUUCUUUAAACUGUGCCAGUUAUUUGAACGAAUAUGUGGAAGAAUAGUCGAGGGAAGAGUUGAUGAAGGCAAUCCUUUGUGUUUGUGUAUCUCCUUUGCUAUUGUGGUAAUGACUAGGUGGCUAAAAUUUAGAUUUCUAAGAAAUCCAGAACUGCUUUGGUUUAACAAUAAAUAUAGACCAUCAUGUAAUUCAUUUAUAUGUCCUCAUACAUGUAAACCAGUUAAGUUUGUGUACAAUGAGAAACAUUUACACUCAACCAUCAGUCAUGGUGGCAUUUGCACUCAACCAUCAGCUAUCUGGAAGAAUAGAAACCAGUACAAUACAUCUGGUUUCAGAAAGUUCUCUACAUACCGGUAUUCAAGAUUUCUUAUCCAAAGAAGGGAGGUUCUCAUUUUAAUCUUUGCAGGGAUAAGCGGAGGUGUUCUUUAUGGAUGGAGCAAGAAACUGGAAAAUGAUAGACGUGACAAGGAAAUGGAAGAGUUGGACGAGAUGAUGAAAAUUUCUCAGGAGUCACACAAUAGUGGGGGAAAACCCGAACUGACUAUCAAGUUGUACAAGGAAGCAUUACAAAGAGUGAAAACACUCAUUGGUUCAGAAGUAAAAUCUCAUCAACGAAUGUCGAUUUUAACGACUAAAUUUGUUUUUAUCAUUGAUCAGAUAGCCAAUCUACUUCACAAUCUGGGGAAGUUGGAUGAGGCUGAAGAUUAUUACAAGCAAACUAUACAGGCCUUGAUAUCUCAUGGUACAGAAAAGGACGACCAUUCAGUCAUUGAAAUUUCUUUAAAAUUGGCCAGCAUUUACGCUGAACAGGGAAGGCAUGAACUUGCAGAAAAUGGCUUUACAUGGUGCGUUAAUAACGCAAGAAAGAAAGUGCCAGAUGAUGGGAAAUGUGACAUAAAUAGUUUAGCUCUCCUUGGUAUAUGCCUUGAAAGCUAUGGCAAAUAUCGUAUAUCACAAAGAGACGCGAACAAAGCAAUUACUCUAUUCACAGAAGCGUUGGAAAUAUCGAGAAAAGUGUUUGGAAGCAAACACCAGCAGGUAGCUAUGCUACUGAAUAACUUGGCAGUCGCAUACAAUGAAGCUGGAGAUACAGACAUGACCAAGACGUUAUUUCAAGAAGCAAUCGUUGUCGGAAAAGAAUCGUUGUCUGACGAUCUGUGGUCUUUUCAUUUCAAUCUCGCUAAUAUUUUAGUCCUGGAUGGUGAUUUAGAAAGUGCCAAAAUUGAGUAUGAGAAAGCCUUGGAAAUAUGUCAUGAGGACAAUGUUAAGUCUAGUAUAAAAGAUCGGAUAUCCAAACUACCAAUGGUAUAACAUACUACUGUUGGCAGUGGU